AUGGCCACCUACAACUGCCUGCCACUGCACGAGUCGUACAACGUCUACGUCUCGCCUUCCUCUUACGUCUUUGAACCGGCGGCCACUCCCGUCUUCGGCGCAGACGGCCAGACCGAAAAGGACGUCCGCGAGAGCCUGCACGUCGACCGCAAGACUGGUCAAUUCAGCUUGAAUGUGUCCGCUGCUAUCCCCCUUGGUCGCGAAAAGGUCAUUCCCUGCUACGGUAUCCUCGGUGUGAUCUCUCUUGCUACCACCGACUACUUGGUGAUUAUCACGCAGCGCACGCCAUCGUGCCGUCUUCUCUCCCACCCCAUCUUCCUCGCCACCGACUUCCGCCUCUUGCCAGUCAACCCUGCGAGCUCGUCGCAGGCCAUCCUCGGCAACCCUAUCGAGAAGGAGCUCGUCGAGCUCGUCGAGCAGGGUCUCAAGGCCGGUAACCUCUGGUUCUCACACGGAUGGGACCUCACCAACACCCUCCAGCGCCAGAAGGAGCUCGAGGAUGCCGGUAAGGGCCCCGGUCGCUCGCCGCUCUGGCAGCGUGCCGACGAGCGUUUCUUCUGGAACCGCUUCCUCAUGGACCGCUUUAUCGGUCUCACGGAGGGUGGCAUGGACCUGUCGCGCUUUAUCCUCCCGGUGAUGUUUGGAUUUCUUGAGCUGCGCUCAGCCACCAUCAACAACCGCGACUUCCUCUUCUGCCUGGUUGCCCGUCGCUCGCGCCACCGUGUCGGCACCCGUUACUUUUCGCGCGGUAUCGACACGUCGGGCUCGGUCUCCAACUUUAACGAGACGGAGCAGAUUAUUCUUCUCGACCCUGUUCCCGAGAACGGCAAGUUGACCCGUGGACGUGUCGACGGCCGUGAGCGCCUCUCGUUUGUCCAGAUCCGUGGCUCGGUGCCAGUCUACUGGGCCGAGGUCAACAACCUGCGCUACAAGCCCGACCUUCAGAUCAUGGACGUUGCCCAGACUGGCGCGUCGUUCAAGCGUCACAUUGAGGACAUGGUCGACAAGUACAACUCGCUCUACCUCGUCAACCUCGUCAACCAAAAGGGCUACGAGCAGCCCGUCAAGGAGGCGUUUGAGCGCGUCAUGAAGGUUGCCGAAACCGACCCCGCUCUCGCGGACCGCGCCCGUUACCUGUACUUUGACUUCCACCACGAGUGCCGCAAGAUGCGCUUUGACAAGAUCCAGGUCCUCCUCGACCAGCUCAACGAGAGCCUCGUGUCCAUGGGUUGGUUCCACGGCGUCGCUCCUGCCCCCACGGGCUUCAACUCGAACCUGGGUCCCACCCGCCUUCUCCAGACGCAGACCGGUGUCAUCCGCUCCAACUGCAUGGACUGCCUGGACCGCACCAACGUUGCCCAGAGUGCGCUCGCCAAGUGGGCCCUCAACCAGCAGCUCCGCAAGGUCGGUGUCCUCAGCGUCAAGGAGAGCGUCGACGACCACGAGGACUUUAUGGUCGUCUUCCGCAACGUCUGGGCCGACCACGCCGACAACAUUUCCAACGCGUACUCGGGCUCGGGCGCGCUCAAGACCGACUACACCCGUACCGGCAAGCGCACCAAGCAGGGUCUCCUCCAGGACGGCUACAACUCGGUCCAGCGUUACGUCAAGAACAACUUCUUUGACGGUGACCGCCAGGAUGCUUACGACCUCGUCACUGGAUCGUACGUCGCCAGGCGCGGUGCCAUUCCCCCGCUCUCGGACACUCGCCCCCUUCUCAUCCGCGCCAUGCCUUACGUCCUCGUCUUUGCGCUCACGAUGAUCUUCUCGGCCCUCACCCUUCCCCGCUCGAGCGAAUGGUCCAUCUACUCGUUCCUCUUCCUCUGGUUCGCCCUCGCCUUCUUCUCCCUGUCCUUCAUCUGGGGCAACGGCACCUCUUACGUCGCCUGGCCACGCCUCAACCCUCCCGUCGAGAUCCUCUCGUACGAGGGUGCCGGUUUCCGCACCAAGCGUCGCGGCCGCGGCGUGUCGAUCGGCUCGGUCGUGCCCCUCCCCGGCAAGCGCUCGCGUUCGCGUGGCCCCGGCGAGAUUGAGCUCGGCAAGAAGAAGGGUGCGCUCAUCGACUAG